AUGGAUUUGUUGUGGAUACCCGUUUUGGGCUCUCUGAUGUUGGUGGAAAUCUUGUGGACUCUACCCAUUGACAAAGAUCAGCAGAGGCUUGAGGAUGUGGAGCUGGCUGAGGAUUACCUCAAGAGGUUUUACAGUCUGAAUCUGGGAGACCACAGGCCUCCAGUAAGAAGUGUGAGGUCUGCAUCCACCAUGGAGGAGAAGAUCCAAGAAAUGCAAAACUUCUUUGGUCUGAAGGAAACAGGAAAUAUGGACCCUCACACCCUGAAUGUGAUGAAGGAAGCAAGGUGUGGAGAUCCGGAUGUGGACAACUUCGCCUUUUACCCUAAUAGGCCUAAAUGGAAGAACCACAUCAUCACAUACACGAUUGCCAGAUACACUCCAGACAUGAAGAAAGAGGAUGUGGAAAAGUCUGUUCGUUCAGCCUUGAAGAUGUGGAGCGAUGCAACCCCGCUGAAGUUCAUCAAAAUCAACCAUCGAAAAGCUGAUAUUGUCUUCUCUUUUUCUCGCAGAACUCAUGGAGAUUUCUUUCCCUUCGAUGGACCUGGGGGCGUGUUGGCUCAUGCCUUCAUGCCAGGAAUGGGGAUGGGUGGAGAUGUGCACUUUGAUGAGGAUGAAACAUGGACGGCAGGGACUCAAGGUUAUAGCCUGUUGAGUGUUGCAGCUCAUGAACUUGGCCACUCACUUGGUUUGACUCACUCUAGAGACCCCUCUGCUAUCAUGUACCCCAAUUACAGACAUCAGAGCGAUGCCAAGUACUCGCUCUCUAACGAUGAUGUGAGGGGUAUCCAAACUCUGUAUGGUCAUAAGUACUGGGUGGUUGAACAGCUUAAGAUGAAAAGUCGCGCUGGCUCCAUUUACGAGUACGGCUUCUCUUCCAGAGUCAGGCGGGUUGAUGCUGCUGUGCAUGUCAGCGAAUACGGGAAAACAAUGUUCUUCGUAGGAGAGUUUUAUUACAGGUAUGAUGAGCACAAUAGGAGAAUGGACCCUGGCUUCCCCAGACUCAUCCGAAACGAUUGGUCUGGAGUCCCCAGAAGGGUUGAUGCUGCAUUUAAGUUACAAGGUAGCAUCUUUCUCCUCUGUGGAACAAAAUCCUACCAGUAUGACUUCAGACAAAAACAAGUGGUGAAUGUAAUUCCAGGAAAGUCUUGGCUGGGAUGCUGA